CUGCCUGCUGGGUCCACGGAAAGGGACUGCCCUGGGUGGAGGGGAAGCCCUUCCUGCCUCUGGGUAAUGGAACUUCCGCCAUAGACGGGUAGCAGCAGCUCCUGUCCCCUGGUCCUACUGCUGCCAGGCCGGAGGCAUCACAGGACACCAGGUCCCCAGGAAGCAGCUGAAACUGUGACAAUGAAGACCCCAUGGGGUGACAUCUCAGCACAGCUGCUGCUGCUGCUGCUGCUCUUAGCUCUGCUCCAUGUCUCCUGGGCCCAGAGCAGCUGCACUGGGCACCCAGCCAUCCCUGGCAUCCCUGGCAUCCCUGGGAUACCUGGCUCUGAUGGUCAACCUGGGACCCCAGGAACCAAAGGAGAAAAAGGGAUCCCAGGGCUAGCUGGAGACCAUGGUGAGUUUGGAGAGAAGGGCGACCCAGGGAUUCCUGGGAAUCCAGGAAAAGUUGGUCCCAAGGGCCCCAUUGGCCCAAAAGGUACCCCAGGUCCCCCUGGAGGCCCUGGUCCCAAGGGUGAAUCUGGAGACUACAAGGCCACGCAGAAAGUAGCCUUCUCUGCCUUGAAGACCCUCAACACUCCCCUGAGACAAAAGCAAGCCAUCCGCUUCGACAACGCGAUCACCAAUGUGAACAGGAACUAUGAGCCUCGCAAUGGCAAGUUCACGUGCCAGGUGCCAGGUCUCUACUACUUCACCUACCACGCCAGCUCUCGUGGGAACCUGUGUGUGAACCUCGUCCGGGGCCGGGAGCAGCCCCAGAAGGUGGUCACCUUCUGCGACUAUACCCAAAACACCUUCCAGGUCACCACAGGCAGUGUGGUGCUCAAGCUGGACCAGGGGGAGAUGGUCUACCUAGAGGCCACUGACAAGAACUCCCUGCUGGGCAUGGAGGGGGCCAACAGCAUCUUCUCAGGCUUCCUCCUCUUCCCAGAUGUGGAGGUGUGACCCUCCAGGUGGAGCCACAGUCACCUCCGUUCACAGCCACCCAAAACCACCCCUGCUGGCCACGCCCACUUUACCCCUAACACCACCCCUGCCUGGCAAAGCACAGAAUAGAGCUCUGUGAAUGGUGGGCAAUGAAUGAGUCAAUAAACUCUUGGAAGCCAAAA